CAGGUUAUUGGUCCAAAGAAAUGUGGUACACCUACUCCUGUUGUACGUGUGCUGCUGCCAAACCAUACGGGAAAAUACCAUCAACACCGGGACUAUGUGCUUUAUCAGGAAUCUGAAGCUCACAAGACAUUUGAAAAGAGCCACUCCCUUUGUAUUUAGGCCUAAAGUCUCAGAAAACCUCAGGUUUCAACGCCGAAAUGAUCAGCCUGUGUGAACCUUACACAAAAGCCAGGAUAAUUUUUUGACCUGCAAAUAUUUUGGAUGAGUUAUGGAAGUGUACUUUUGACAGCGAUGCACAGUUCCCAUUUUAUCAGUGAAUCUACAGCUGAUUGCAGUGCAGUCUACUGAAGUUGGAUGCCGGCAUUUUUCAAGAAUGAGAGUUGUUCAGAAGACGAAGAGUGUUUCAAAGUGUGUGCUUUGUUUUCCCAUUGCGCUGUAUGUUCUCUACUUCACCUCUACAUCUUUCAACCUUUUAAUAGGCCUCCUACCUAUGGACAAAUGCCAUUUGGGAAGUGGAAAGAGUCUGAUUCUGGACAACAGUGUGGAUGCCACCCUUGACCUCAGGUCCAGACACGACGUGCAAACAUGCACAUCUUGGAAAGCUCCCAUCAUGUGGGAGAGGAUGUUUGAUCCUGAUCUUUACGACCAGAUGCACAAGAAGUUAGGAUCAUCUGUGGCUCUAACUGUGUUUGCUGUAGGCAGGUACCUGGAUGCUUACCUCAAGACCUUCCUGAACUCAUCAGAACGUCACUUUAUGCCGGGUUUGCCGGUGACAUAUUAUGUGUUUACAGACUUUCCAGAAAAGAUGCCAGACAUCAGGCUUGCUCCUCAGCGAAGCCUGAAGGUGUUCAAAGUGGAGAGGUACUCCAGGUGGCAGGACAUCUCCAUGAUGCGAAUGAAGGCUAUUUCAGAUGUCAUUGAGUCGGAUAUUCGCCAUCACCGCACACACGUCUUCUGCUUUGACGUGGAUCAGGUGUUUACUGGGAGAUUUGGCUCAGAGGCUCUGGGUGAUUCUGUGGCUCUGCUCCACGCCUACUACUACCACCUUCCAAAGACAUUUUAUACCUAUGACAGCAACCCGAAGUCCAAAGCAUACAUGAAAACUGGGGAUUUCUACUACCACGCUGCUGUCUUUGGAGGCUCGUGGAAAAGUGUGCAAGCUUUGACUGACGCCUGCUACCAGAGCAUCAUGGAGGAUAAACAGAAUAACAUGGAGGCUUUGUGGCACGAUGAGAGUCAUCUAAACAAGUACCUGUGGUUACACAAGCCAAGCAGGGUGCUCUCUCCUGAGUACUGCUGGGACACCAGUAUCGGCUACAGGGGCGACAUACGAGUCACCCGACUAGUGUGGGCACCAAAACAUUAUGAUAAACUACGCACACCCUAGUGUGUAUCAAAUAUUAAAAUGCAAAAUCACCAACUAUGUUUGGUAACAGUGUGAAAACUACCUGACAAACAUUACGCCCCGAGGUUCUUUUACUUUUAUGGCUCUUUUGUUCUCUUGGGAUUCAUUUUUCUAUUGGAGUGACAGCCUGCGUUUUCAGAGGGUUUUGUGAGGGUUGUUUGACUCAGGUAAAUGUAUGCCAAUGUUGGCUUUGCUUCAGUGUGUGUGUAGCAUUAUGUGGUGAACAAACAGACAAAAAACAAACAAAAGAUUUUGAUUGCUAAACAAAUUAAGUGUGUUAUUGUUUCCAUCAGUUAAAGUGUGCUAAUAUUAAUUAAGUGGCAACAUAACAACUUACGAGUUAUUUGCUCUUCAGGUAGUGAUUUUAAAAAAAAUCUAAAUCUAAAUUUAUUUUUAGAUGUGACUAUGGUACAGUUUAGUUGCAACCAGAAUCUAGUAGAGAAUACAGUAUCUUGGUUAGUUUUUGCUGCAUUACAUUAGUGAUUGUAUAUUUAUGUUUAAAUGUUUGACUGCCUUUAUUGGUUGAGUCAAGUUACAUUUAUAUCUGUGAAUAAAUGUAACUUAUUUGAUCAGGGAGUUCAUAAGCCCAUUACAUUAUCCUAAUCAGGGAAACAAUUUGCUCCUCUUUGCUUCUGUAACCAUGGUACUCAUGUCAAAGUCAUAUUAACAUGUCUGAAUUUCAGACAGAUUUGCAGCUUCCAGGAUGUCAGUGUGUCAUUAGAGUGACGUCUUUUAAGUUGCUCUAAGUAAAGGGUUUGAUUAAAAUGGGGCUAGCUGACAUGAUACAACACAAACCUUGUUAAUCAGGUCUGUACUUUUCAAGUUCAGAGGAAGAUUAAAGUGGAAAUUGUUCAUAGUCUGACAAUGUCUAACAACAGAACAGCUUUGUCAGUGAAGCUUUACCUUUAUUCAUUCAGAAACCAGGCUCAAAGGGAGUGAAGAACAGACACAGCAACUGCAUUUAUCUCAUAACUACAGUCAAGACACUGGCUGCUUUUGUUUCUCAAAGAUGUGUAGAGUUUCAUAAUGUCUUGUUUGUGAAGACGAUGGCCUGAAAGGUGAAACCGCUUUUUUUUUUUUUUUGCUUGUUCGCUGUCGGGGAUAACUGGGUCAGCUGCCCCAGUUUCAUUUCUGACGUUUAUUCAUUUUGAUACGUACAGUAAAACACUGAGACCUGAUACCUGUAACAUGUAAACUGUAAAAUCCCAGGUUCAGAUUACAUUUGAUUUGCAUAGACAAACCCUUAGAGCUCGAUCAACAUUGAAAAAUUAUAUUUUGUUUACUUUGCAUUUCACACUUUGGAUGAUGAUGAUGAUGAUGAUGAUGAUGAUGAUGCCCUGGCUACUGAACAUUUCAUUAGUUUUAACUGUUUUGUAAAUUUGCUGAUUGCUUCUUUCUUGAAGUGUCCAUUUUAAUUUUCAAAACUUAAAUUAGCUGGUUAUGUUUAUUUCUGUAAUUUUGUAUUUUUAAUUCAAUUCUAAACAGCACUUAAUCAAUUGAUGAUGUUGAUCGUUUGGAUCAUAUUGAUUGCAAAUGCAAUGUGUCUUCUAACUGUAACCUCACUCUUUAAGCAGAAGUGUGGCUGACAUUCUUCUGAGCUGCAUUUUUUGCAGCUGGAGACACGGCCACACCUGCAGGGCCUGCUUUUUUUCUACAAAAAAACAAUACCUGUGUUUAGAGUUUAAAGCGUUUCUCUACAAUUAUUGGAUACUUGUGGCAAUGUACAUUUUUGUAGACUCUUUCAAAGAGAAAUACAUGUACAAUAUACAAAAA